AUGGAGAGUCUAAGUCUUCACCUCUCUGCCACCAGCAACAAGAACACCAUGGAAGUUGACUCAUAUUCCUACAGUGACAAUAUGCGCUCCCCAAGCCCAGACUCUUCUGGACGACGCCCGUCUAAAGGUUCCAACAAAGCCAGCAGCAUGACGUCACGCCGCAAACGGGAGUUCAUCUCAGAUGAAAAGAAAGAUGCUUCGUAUUGGGAAAAGAGGAGGAAGAACAAUGAGGCAGCCAAGCGUUCAAGGGAGAAGCGCAGAAUGAACGACAUGGUACUGGAGAACAGAGUGAUGGCUCUGAACGAGGAGAACGUGCGGCUGAAGACAGAGCUGCUGCAGCUCAAACUGCGCUUCGGCCUCAUCAGUGCUGCGUCGUACAUGGAGAAGAGCCAGCAGAUCUCCAGUGCAGCGGCUAUGGCCAACAGUAGCAAUGGGAAUACCUCUUCUGGGACCCCCAACAGCAACGCCUACCUCUCCAGUAGCGGAUACUCCAGCGCCUCCCAGGUCAUGAUGAACUCAGACUCCUCAGAAACAGAGCAGUCCAUCCGUGGAGACUGUCACAGUUCCUUUCAAAAAUACUCUCCUCGAGGCUCUGUAUCCGACAUGUCUGACGGAUCAUCCAGGGAUAGCCCAGAGCCCAUGGGCUACAACAUCAAGAAGGAGCCCUCCAUGGACCUGGCUCGUCUGGAGAACAUCCCAAAUGGGAUCUCCAAUGGAAACUACAAUACCGCUGUCCCCUCUCACCAGAGUGCUGCCCCGACUGAAGGCUCUGUAGAGUACCAACAGUGCCACAGCCCUGCUCCCCCUAUGCCCCCAACCCAGAGGAGUGUGAUCUUGUACCGCUCCAGCAGUGGCUGCUACCCCCUGGAGCGGCAAGAGGAGCAGAGCAUACAGUCUCAUGGCUCCAAGUACAGCGACUGCUCUGAGACCAUUACAGAAGUGGCAGAGAAACUGGAGAGAACCAAAACCAUGGACUCCCCUCAGUACGAGUUCAGCAAUGCAGAGCCAGAAGAGCUUCAGCGUUACAGUCAACAGCAGCGCGAAAAGCACCACUACAGUUACCAGGCCCCAGAAAACACUCAUCAAACAAACCCCUUUGCCCCUAACCUCAUCCAUAACACUGCAGAGGGACAGUCGUCCUACACACAGCACAACGCCUACCUCACUUCCCUAGACGAAGAGCCUCCAGUGCUCACGUACGAGGGUGGCCCCAGGACGAACGGGUUCUUCCAAGAGAACUCCUCGGGAAAAGACACAUCCUCUAGUGAUGGCGAUCCACGUAGCUCUGAUAAAGAGGGAUCCACAGAUGAUGAGUCCCCUUCCUCUUCCUCCUCAGACAUAAGUAACUACCAUCAGAAUUCCACAGUCAUCAGCACACACGCAGAGAGUCCGGCAGAGGUCAAAGGCACUGCGCUGCCUCACAAACUACGCCUUAAAUACAGAGCUCUGUCUAAUGGAGGAGCACAGGAACCCACACCUGUGUCUAUGUCCCCCUCACCCACUCUCCCCCAGCACCCGUACCUGGCGCUGCCAGGGAACCCUCCAAGCCACACACUGGGCAACAGCAGAGAUGAGAACCUGACUGAGCUGCUCGAAGAGGUCACACCUCCAGGGAACGAGAGUCGAGAGGCAAAGACAGAGGAAGGGAAAAAAGGCUUGAGCGGAGGCCGACGCAGCAAGAAGAGAGACUGA